CGUCCGCUAGGCGACGAACCUCGAUCAGAGAACCUUGACUAUGUGUAUUGCAUCCCCUAUAAAAGGGGCGAGACCCCUCAUUGUAAUGGACCGGAAGUUGAGAACGAAUAAACUCCUACUUUGCAUUCUCUCUCUAAAAACUUAUAUUAUUCUUCAUUCUCGGUGGUUUAUAACCAUAAAAUUGGUGCUUUCAUUGAGAGCAGAGGAACAUACUCGUAGGUUAACUCCCGAACGCGAGAAUGGUGCAAACAAGGAGCAACGUCCCCACCACCAGCCACGUCAUUGGCGAGGAGAACGCGCCGGGCAGCGGCAACGGCACGGGAGGGAAGAAGACCCGGAGGAGAAGGAGGAGGCCCGGCAAGGCCCCGGCAAUCGAGGAGGUGAUUGUGGAGGACGUUCCAGAGGAGGAGGACAAUGAGUCCAGCGAGUGCCGAGUGUCAGCCUUUAGACGCUUAGGAGGGGAAGAGACCCGGGUGUCGGCCUUCGACAGGCUCGACCGCGGACCGGAAGUCCGCCCGGGUGACCUCCGCCGACAAAUAACCGAAGGCAGGCGGAGGCAUGCUGAGGAGUCCGCGACAUCGGAUGCUCGCUCGGCGAGGCCCGAGCGGAGCGGAGAAAGGAGGGACGAGCGCACCCAGCGUCGCCAUAGUCCAACAAGAACUGAGAAGACAAAGGCCUCUGACCAAGGGGUAUCUCGGCUCGCUCGUGAGAUUGCCAAGCUCAAGCGCCGAGUGGAGACCAGGGCUCCCUACAGCCAGCCUAUCUUGCGGACGGUAACCCCGUUCACUCCGAGGGUUAUGUCGGUUCCGCUGCCGGCAAACUUCUGGCCGUGGCAGAUCAAGGCCUACAACGGAAGGACGGACCCCCAUGAUCAUUUGUCUAAGUUCUAUGCUUCUAUGGAAGCGGCGUCAGCCCCGGACGAGGUCAAGUGUCGAUGCUUUCUCGCGAUGCUGGAGGGCUCCGCGUGCGAUUGGUUCAACCGGCUCCCGAAGGGAACCAUUGACGAUUGGGAUACACUAGCGGAGAAGUUCUUGACGCAUUUCGCGGCAAACCGAAGGCAGAGGCUCCCUUACUCCCACCUGCUCAACAUAUGCAUCCGCAAGGGAGAGAAGAUCCGCGACUUCAUAGUCCGGUGGGAAAAGGAAGCCAGAGACGUGCAUGGGGCGGAUGACCAAGCGUUGGUGGCCAUGUUCCAAGCAGCCCUUCCCCGCGGAGAAGUGAGGAAGGAGCUCCGCAAGAAUCCUCCCCCCACGUACCAAGAGACCUUGGCGCGCGCUAAGUUCCUAGCCUCGGAGGAGUUCGAUGAUGCUCCCGACUCUGAGGCCGCGCCCGCCAAGCGAGCUCCCGCAGACUCCGGAGAGGCUGCGAAGAAGAGGAAGAAGAAGAAAGAUUACACCGCGGGCCCGAGGACGCCUUCGGCUGGUGUGUACUCCGUGGGUGCGCCCGUAGGGACGGGUCGAGAGCUUGCCCUCUCCUCGCUCCCGCACGUAGAAACCUAUGCGGUGUCCAGCAGUGCCAAGUAUUGCGAGUAUCAUCGCAACAACACUCAUAACACUAAGGAAUGCUUCACUCUCCAGAAGGAGAUGCAGAGACUCAUCGCCCGAGGGCCGCCUCCCCGAGAUGAUGGAGCAGCCCCAUCUCGGGGGCCGCCGGAAGGAAGAACUUGGAGAAAGCCGGCCGAACCGGUCGCGGUGGCCACGCAAGCAAGGAACCCCGAGAAGAGUCACAUCGGGCGAGAGUAUGAUGAUCUAGACGAGGACGAAGCCCAAGGAUAUCCGGUGGGAUUCAUCCAUGGAGGAAACAUCGGCGGGGACUCCGUCGCUCAAAGGAAGAGGUGGAAGCACAUGGCCUUCGUCGCCAAAGUCCAUCAGACGCCGGCGCCCAAGCACGGAAGGCGUGAGCAAAUCCAAUUCAUGGAGAAGGAUCUUCCGAACACGCCGAGCCCUCACCGGGAUGCCUUGGUCGUGAAGCUGGAGAUUAACAAUGCCAUAGUGCACCGCACCUUAGUGGACACGGGAAGCUCGGUCAACAUAAUGUAUGAGAAGACCUUCCAAGACCUCGGCUUGGACCGCAAGGACUUAAGGCCUGUGCGCACUCCACUCUCCGGGUUCACGGGGGACUCCAUCGAGGCCGAAGGAGUCAUCGCCGUGCCCGUGAUAGUAGGGGAUGGUGCGCACAAGGCCAAGCUGAAGAUGGAGUUCAUGGUUCGGCUAACACCCUACUUCCAAGCUCACCCGGUUCAAGUGCUCUCCCAACAACCCAUAGGUGCGCUGCUCAGGAGCCCGAACGCGCCCUCGCGCAUGUCCAAAUGGGCGGUGUUCCUUGGAGCUUUCCAGAUCGAAUUCAAGCCAAGGCCAGCGAUCAAGGGCCAAGCGCUAGCUGACUUCGUGGUGGAGUGCACCGCUCGGGAGGAGCCGAGCCUUGAAGAGCCGGAAGCCGACGACUGGUGGAUAGUUUUUACCGACGGCUCCUCCGCCGCCAAAAACUCGGGGGGUGGAGUGGUAGUCAUCGCGCCCGAAGGCUUCAGAGCAUAUUACUCUAUUCGAUUCUGUUUCAAGGCAUCAAAUAAUGAAGCGGAAUAUAAAGCGCUCUUGUGCGGGCUACGCCUAGCAGCUGGGAUGAACGCAACAAAGCUAAGGGUAAAGUGUGAUUCAAAGCUAGUGGUUGGCCAUGUCUCGGGAGAGUUCGAGGCGAAGGACGAAAGAAUGAAGAAGUACAGAGAUACCGCUCUAGAGUUACUUAAGAGUUUCACCGCGUAUAGUGUGGAGCAGAUCCCUCGGGCGAAGAAUGCCGAGGCGGAUAUCUUGUCGAAGCUGAGCUCGGACACGCCCGAGCACAUCAGGCGGACGGUGAACGUGGAAGAGUUGUCCGAGCCGAGCAUCCAUGCCUUCCCCGUGGUGAUGAUCUGUGCUCGGCCAAGAGAUUGGAUGGACGACAUAGUUGCCUUCGUGAAGGAUGGCGCCCUCCCGGACGAUGCAAUAAAGGCCAAGUUGGUCCGGACUAGGGCACCUGGGUACACUUUGGAGGGCGAAAAGCUAUACAAGCGAGCAUACAACGAGAUCUCCAUCGCAACUCACCGGGAGGAGAUCUUCGACCCCGAGCGUAACGAUGAAGCCCUGGCAGCCGAGCUCCAUCUCGUGCACGAGAGACGAGAAGCGGCCUUCAUACGAGCGGAGAAUUACCGAAGGAAGGUAAAGAGCUACCAUGACGGGCGUGUGCGCGCACGGGGGUUCAUCGAAGGAGAGUGGGUGCUGCGCAAGAGGUCCGUGAGCCGCCCCCUGGAAGGUGGGAAGUUUGCCAAGAAUUACGAAGGCCCCUACAUCAUCAAAGAAGUGGUAGGCCCCUCAACAUUCCGCCUGCAGACGCCGAGCGGAGGGGAUGUGCCAAGGACUUGGAAUGCUGAGAACUUGGUUAAGUUUUAUCAAUGAAUUUCGAAUGUACACGGGCCCGAGAAAGGGAACCCGCAACACCAUGAUUGAAUUCAAUGAAAUGGGAUUUUUUGC